UAAGGAUACCCGUUCAACCCAAACGAUCCAAAAGGAGAUAAACAAAGGGGUAAACAAUGAACCAAAGAGUGCCAAUGUUCCCCAAUUAUGCCCCCUCCAAGCGGUGGGAGGAGGAGAAUUCGGCCCAGCCAGAGUGCACGUACCUUUUUCUCUCUCAGACUUGAAGCAAAUUAAAAUAGACCUAGGUGAAUUCUCAGAUAACCUUGAUGGCUAUAUUGAUGUUUUACAAGGGUUAGGACAAUCCUCUGAUCUGACAUGGAGAGAUAUAAUGUUACUGCUAAAUCAGACACUAACCCCAAAUGAGAGAAGUGCCGCCAUAACUGCAGCCCGAGAGUUUGGCGAUCUCUGGUAUCUCAGGUCAAUGAUAGGAUGACAACAGAGGAAAGAGAACGAUUCCCCACAGGCCAGCAGGCAGUUCCCAGUGUAGACCCUCACUGGGACACAGAAUCAGAGCAUGGAGAUUGGUGCUGCAGACAUUUGCUAACUUGCAUGCUAGGACUAAGGAAAACUAGGAAGAAGCCUAUGAAUUAUUCAAUGAUGUCCACUAUAACACAGGGGAAGGAAGAAAAUCCUACCGCCUUUCUGGAGAGACUAAGGGAGGCAUUGAGGAAGCAUACCUCUCUGUCACCUGACUCUAUUGAAGGCCAACUAAUCUUAAAAGAUAAGUUUAUCACUCAGUCAGCUGCAGACAUUAGAAAAAACUUCAAAAAACUUAGAAACCCUAUUGAACUUGGCAACCUUGGUUUUUCAUAAUAGAGAUCAGGAGGAGCAGGCAGAACGGGACAAACGGGAUAAAAAAAAGGCCACCGCUUUAGUCAUGGCCCUCAGGCAAGCGGACUUUGGAGGCUCUGGAACACGGAAAGGCUAGGGAAAUCGAAUGCCUAAUAGGGCUUGCUUCCAGUGCGGUCUACAAGGACACUUUAAAAAAGAUGGUCCACAUAGAAAUAAGCCGCCCCCUCGUCCAUGCCCUUUACGUCAAGGGAAUCGCUGGAAGGCCCACUGCCCCGGGGGAUGAAGGUCCUCUGAGUCAGAAGCCACUAACCAGAUGAUCCAGCAGCAGGACUGAGGGUGCCCAGGGCAAGUGCCAGCGCAUGCCAUCACCCUCACAGAGCCCGGGUAUACUUGACCUUUGAGGGCCAGGCGGUUAACUGUCUCUUGGACAGUCUUCUCAGUCUUACUGAGGCCUUCUCAGUCUUACUCUCCUGUCCUGGACAACUAUCCUCCAGAUCUGUCACUAUCAAAGGGGUCCUAGGACAGCCAGUCAGUAGAUACUUCUCUCUCAGCUACUAAGUUGUGACUGGGGAACUUUACUCUUUUCACAUGCUUUUCUAAUUAUGCCUGAAAGCCCCACUCCCUUGUUAGGGAGAGACAUUCUAGCAAAAGCAGGGGCUAUUAUACACCUGAACAUAGGAGAAGGAACACCCUUUUGUUGUCCCCUGCUUGAGGAAGGAAUUAAUCCUGAAGUCUGGGCAACAGAAGGACAAUAUAGAUGAGCAAAAAAUGCCCAUCCUGUUCAAAUUAAACUAAAGGAUUCCGCCUCCUUUCCCUACCAAAGGCAGUACCCCCUUAGACCCGAGGCCCAACAAGGACUCGAGAAAAUUGUUAAGAACCUAAAAGCCCACGGCCUAGUAAAACCAUGCAAUAGCCCCUGCAAUACUCCAAUUUUAGGGGUAUAGAAACCCAACAGACAGUGGACGUUAGUGCAAGAUCUCAGGAUUAUCAAUGAGGCCUUUGUCCCUUUAUACCCAGCUGCACCUAACCGUUGUACUCUGCUUUCCCAAAUACCAGAGGAAGCAGAGUGGUUUACAGUCUUGGACCUUAAGGAUGCCUUUUUCUGCAUUCCUGUACAUCCUGACUCUCAAUUCUUCUUUGCCUUUGAAGAUCCUUCAAACCCAACGUCUCAACUCACCUGGACUGUUUUACCCCAAGGGUUCGGGACAGCCCCCAUCUAUUUGGCCAGGCAUUAGCCCAAGACUUGAGCCAGUUCACACACCUGGACACUCUUGUCCUUUGGUACAUGGAUGAUUUACUUUUAGCUGCCCUUUCAGAAACCUUGUGCCAUCAAGCCACCCAAGCGCUCUUAAAUUUCCUCGCCACCUGUGGCUACAAGGUUUCCAAACCAAAGGCUCAGCUCUGCUCACAGCAGGCUAAAUACUUAGGGCUAAAAUUAUCCUAAGGCACCAGGGCCCUCAGUGAGGAAUGUACCCAGCCCAUACUGGCUUAUCCUCAUCCCAGACCCUAAAGCAACUAAGAGGGUUCCUUGGCAUAAUAGGCUUCUGCCAAAUAUGGAUUCCCUGGUAUGGUGAAAUAGCCAGGCCAUUAUAUACACUAAUUAAGGAAACUCAGAAAGCCAAUACCCAUUUAGUAAGAUGCACACCUGAAGCAGAAGCAGCUUUCCAGGCCCUAAAGAAGGCCCUAACCCAAGCCCCAGUGUUAAGCUUGCCAACGGGGCAAGACUUUGUAUAUGUCACAGAAAAAACAGGGAUAGCUCUAGGAGUCCUUACACAUGUCCGAGAGACAAGCUUGCAACCUGUGGCAUACCUGAGUAAGAAAACUGAUGUAGUGGCAAAGGGUUGGCCUCAUUGUUUAUGGGUAAUGGCAGCAAUAGCAGUCUUAGUAUCUAAAGCAGUUAAAAUAAUACAGGAAAGAGAUCUUACUGUGUGGACAUCUCAUGAUGUGAACGGCAUACUCACUGCUAAAGGAGACUUGUGGCUGUCAGACAACUGUUUACUUAAAUAUCAGGCUCUAUUACUUGAAGGGCCAGUGCUGCGACUGCGCACAUGUGCAACUCUUAACCCAGCCACGUUUCUUCCAGACAAUGAAGAAAAGAUAGAACGUAACUGUCAACAAGUAAUUGCUCAAACCUAUGCCACUCGAGGGGACCUUUUAGAGGUUCCCUUGACUGAUCCCGACCUCAACUUGUAUACUGAUGGAAGUUCCUUUGUAGAAAAAGGACUUCAAAACGCGGGGUAUGCAGUGGUCAGUGAUAAUGGAAUACUUGAAAGUAAUCCCCUCACUCCAGGAACUAGUGCUCAGCUGGCAGAACUAAUAGCCCUUACUCAGGCACUAGAAUUAGGAGAAGGAAAAAGGGUAAAUAUAUAUACAGACUCUAAGUAUGCUUACCUAGUCCUCUCUUUGCUACCUGAUUGGUCGGGUGUGAGCUAAUUGGGCUCAUUAAAAUGCUAAUUAGGCAAAAACAGGAGGUAAAGAAAUAGCCAAUCAUCUAUCGCCUGAGAGCACAGCGGGCAUUCGAGCCAGCAUUCGAGCCGGCAAUGGCAACCCUCUUUGGGUCUCCUCCCUUUGUAUGGGAGCUCUGUUUUCACUCUAUUAAAUCUUGCAACUACAAAAAAAAAAAAAAAAAAAGAAUUGCUUAAACGCAGGAGGUGGAGGUUGUAGUGAGCCGAGAUUGCGCAACUGCACUCCAGCCUGGGUGACAGAGCAAGAGUCUGUCUCAAAAAAAAAAAAAAAAAAAAAUUGUAUAUAUUAGCCAGGCAUGGUGGCACACAACUGUAGUCUCAGCUACUCAGGAGGCUGACGCGACAGGAUUGCUUGAGUCCAGGAGUUUGAGGUUAUAGUGAAAUAUGAUCAUACCACUGUACUCCAGCCUGGGUCACCCUGUGAGGGACAGCAUUAGGACAAAUACCUAAUGCAUGUGGGGCUUAAAACCUAGAUGACGGCCAGGCACGGUGGCUCACGCCUGUAAUCCCAGCACUUUGGGGGGCCAAUGUGGGCAGAUCACAAGGUCAGGAGUUCAAGACCAGCCUGGCCAAUAUGGUGAAACCCUGUCUCUACUAAAAAUACAAAAAUUAGCAGGGCAUGGUGGUGCACACCUGUAGUCCCAGCUACUUGGGAGGCUGAGGCAGGAGAAUCACUUGAACCCGGGAGGUGGAGGCUGCAGUGAGCCAAGAUUGCACAAAUGCCCUCCAGCCUGGGUGACAGAGCAAGACUCCAUCUCAAAAAAACAAAACAAAACAAAACAAAACAAAACAACCCUAGUUGAUGGGUUGAUAGGUUGAUAGGUACAGCAAACCAUCAUGGCACAUGUAUACCUAUGUAACAAACCUGCAUGUUCUGCACAUGUAUCCAAGAACUUAAAGUAAAAUUUAAAAAAAUAAAUAAAUGAAACAAAAUAAUCAGAGUCAUAGGAUCCAAGGCUUGGAUGGAUCUUAAAUAUCAAUCUAGCCUCAACCAAUUAUAUGACUUUAGAGCUUCCUACAAAAAUAAACAUUUAUAGAUAUUCCUAUAAAAAUAAAUAUUUAUAGAUAGUGACAAAUUGAAGAGCUCUUCCCAUGAUUCUACUCCAGCAUUUUUUCCUACACUUCUACAUCUAGACAUAUGUUUUUCCUGCCAGUAAGCUAGUUACCAUUGUUUACCUGGGAAACUUCUCCUUCAAGAGUCAGGUCAAAGAUCCCACUUUCUGUGAAGAAUACCUCUAAGUGAGCUAGGCAGUCUUAGGUAUUCCUUCCUCUCAUUAUUACCAUUAUACCUCUCUUGGUUCAUCUACCGUGGCACUUAUUACAAUUAUCUUUUUGCUUAAUUCCUCUAUAGAGCUUCUUGAAGGCAGAAAAGGUGAUUUAUCUUAAAGACAACGCCAGUAAGCAGACCCUACAUACCCCUUAAUGUUGGGUGAUGAUAUAUGCACUAUUACUUCAUAGUGAAUUAAUGAUGCUACACAUCCAAAUUCAUUUUUGGAUGCUAGAAUAUUUGAGCUUAAAUGAAAGAUUCUAACAUGCUCUGAGAAAUCACCAGUCUGUCCUUUCAUUCUUGGGAGCUUCCAUCUUGUAUUCUGUUUUCAACCUUGACUUCAGUAAAGAAUGCAAUAUGGAAUACUGACAUGGUUUGGAUUUGUGUCCCUGCCCAAAUCUCAUGUCGAACUGUAAUCCCCAAUGUUGGAGAAGGGGACUGGUGGGAGGUGAAUGGAUCAUGGGGCCAGUAUCCCCCUUGCUGUUCUCAUGAUAGUGAGUGAGAGCUGGUUGUUUAAAGUGUAUAGCACCUCUCCACUUGCUCUCUUCCUCUUGCUCCAGCCAUGUAAGAUGUGCCAGCUUCCUCUUCACCUUCUGCCAUGAUAGUAAGUUUCCUGAGGCCUCCCCAGCUAUGCUUCCUGUACAGCCUGUGGAACUGUGAGCCAAUUAAAACUCUUUUCUCUAGAAACUAACCAGUCUCAGGUAGCUCUUUAUAGCAAUGCAAGAAGAGACUAAUAAAGAAAAUUGGUACCAGGAAGGGGGUAUUGCUAUAAAGGUACCCGAAAAUGUGGAAGCAGCUAUGGAACUAGGUAGUGGGCAGGGGGUGGAAUAGUUUGAAGGGCUCAAAAGAAGAAAGGAAGAUGAGGGCAAAUUUGGAAAUUCUUAGAGACCUGUUGAAUGGUUGUGACCAAAAUGCUGAUUGUGAUAUGGACAGUGAAGUCCAGGCUGAGAAGGUCUCGGAGAUGAGGAACUGAUUGGGAACUAGUGUAAAGGUUACGUGUGCUAUGCUUUAGCAAACAGACUGGGGGCAUUGUGCCCCUGCCCUAGAGAUCCGUAGAACUUUGAACUUGAGAGUGAUGAUUUAGGGUAUCUGGUGGAAGACCUUUCUUCUUUUUUUUGAGACAGGGUGUCACUCUGUCACCCAGGCUGGAGUGCAAUGGGGCAAUCUCAGCUCACUGCAACUCUGCCUCCUGGGCUCAAGGAAUCCCACUACCUCAGCCUCACAGGUAGCUGGGAUUACAGAUGCACACCACCACACACAGCUAAUUUUUUGUGUUUUUGCUAGAGCCAGGGUUUUGCCAUGUUGCCCAGGCUAGUCUUGAACUCCUGAGCUUAAGCAAUCUGCUCAC